AUGACCGCUACCCUGAAUUCGCAUCGCCACAUCGCUCCCAAUCUAAUCGAAGUCAAAGGCAUAAGCGUGGCGCGUGGCCCCUUUCCCGAUUUUCUGGUCCAAAAAUGGGACGAUUACAAUGCCAAUACCACCUCUGAAAACGAAAGACCGGUCGAUUUUGGAGCGGAGCAGUUGUUUGUGGUGUUCAUCUUUGCCAAUGGCGGGACUGACCUGGAGAACAUCGCGCUGAACAGUGUCUUCCAGGCGCAGAGUGUCAUAGCGCAGAUGGCCUUCUCUAUGGCUGUGACUGAGGACGUCCUCCAAUUCGAACACCGAGACCUGCACUGGGGUAAUGUGAUGGUGGCCACCACAGAUGUACCGAACAUCAGCUACACUAUUGGCGGGCAGACGCACACCAUCGCCACGCACGGGCUGAUGGUCAAUAUCAUCGACUUCACGCUGUCACGUAUGCGGAUAG